GCUGGAUCAAGAUAACACUUGCCUAACGGAGAUAACGAGAACCAUUAGCAAUCUGGACCGAUGAGAGGCGUAAUAUAUGAGUGUUAGUCUGUGAAAUAACUCGAAUUUCAAAUCAAUCACUUGAAAUGCUUAUGUUUUUUGGGAUUUCCAAUGUUCGGUUCGUAAAUCUACUCCAAAUUGAGCCGAGUUGUACUGUUUAUUUCUUGUCUCAGUAUUGGGUACGUGCAGUAUUGUAUUUGCUGAUUGAUACGAUGGCUACAUGUGCCUUUUGCAUCUUACAGGGACUUACAUUGAUAAGAAAUGCCCUUUCACUGGAAAUGUUUCUAUGGGGGCCGCAUCCUGGCUGGCACUUGCCAUGGUGCUAAGAUGAAUAAAACAAUCAUCGUUCGAAGGAAUUAUCUACAUUAUGUCAAGAAAUAUCAAAGAUAUGAAAAGAGACAUUCCAACAUCCCGGCACACGUACCUCCAUGCUUCGGUGUGAAGGAAGGAGAUCAUGCUACCAUCGGCCGGUGCAGGCCACUGUCCGAGACUAAGAGGUUCAACGUGUUGAAGGUGACUCCUGCUGGAUCUUCCGGCACUGGCAAGAAGGCUUUCGCUGGAAUUUGAAUUUAGGAACUCUUGAGUUUCAUGGUAGGCUGGCGCUGUAGGCAUUGAGGAGACAUUAGUAGCUUCCCUUGAUUUUU